AUGGCCAUCCAAGGUACUAUGACUACCAUGGUCAAGCAUAAACGCGCAUCUGCCCCCAAAAGCCGUAAUGGCUGCAUCACAUGGAUCCGACAUCUGAAAUGUGACGAGGCGAAACCGAUAUGUAAUCGCUGCUGCGAGGACAAGAUUAAAUGCGACGGCUACGCGAUGCCUAAACCCAAAGCUCCCCGGCGAAAGCACCGAAAGAAGGUUGCACCAUCGAUCGCUGAUACUAUGUCUCUAUGCUUGACCAUUGACGACAUUCCCUCAUUGACGACUUCAGAGCGCAUGUACUUCCAACACUUCCUGCAGUUCACGACCACACAACUAUCGCUCUCUUCCCGCUCGACCAAUUUUUGGGUUCGAUACGCUCUACCCAUAGGUUACCAGUUCGAGUCCAUCCGAUACAGUAUGAUUGCAGUUGGCGCCUCGCAUCGCCUAUUCAUGGCGAAAUCACUUGGCCACUCAGACCAGGAUGGAUUGAAGAGCUUCGCAACGCACCAGUACAACAAGGCUAUUGCGACUAUUGUACCUUCCAUGACAGCGUCCCAAGACAUGCACAUCAUCAUGAUCUGCUGUCUUCUUUUCAUCUCUUUCGAAGGCCUCACUGGUCGUUACGAUGAGCUGCUGCAACAUCUCAGUGCGGGGAUCUCGCUGUUCCGCUCAGAGUUGCCGUCGUCAAUAGAUGAGGAACGAGCGAUGACCACAAAACUUGCCGAGAUGUUUUGUCGACUCGGUGUUGAAUCAUCCAACUUUAUGGAAAGGGGUCCGAGUGUCUCAGGUAUGGAGAAGUGGUAUCGCUCUGGUAAAAGUCAAGACUUGCAAUCACCGAAGCCAUUUAGCAACCUCGACGAGGCCUCUUCUGCACUACGGCAAUUGGAUGUAUUCUUUGACGAAAAGCCUUGGCACUAUGAAGGAAGCGAUGAUCCAGAUAAAGCCAGUCUUGUGAAGGAAGCGACUAAAAAGCUUCAAGAUGCUCUUGAUCAAUGGACCUCUCGUCUCGAUGCCCUUUACGACCUCAGAAACGAGGACAUUGCAAUAGAAGGGGAACAGCAGUACCGUAACCUCCGUCUGCGGCAGAAAUAUUGGCAAAUGUCAAUAGAUUCAUACUCCUCAGAUGAGGCGGCAGCAAGACCGGAGACCUUUGAUUCUUUUCUGGCGGCAGCCAAAGAAGUAGCAGCGCCUCUCAUAGCUCUCAAACAACCGACAUUUUCGCUCGAUGGCGAUCUGAUCUCCGGUCUCGCCUUUGUCGCAUCGACUACAGAAGAUGAUGAAACGAAAGUUCAAGCUCUAGAUCUGCUUUGGCGAUUGAAUCGUCGGGAAGGCCUUUUGGAUAGUCGCGAUAUUGUUGAGAUGCAUGAGCUUGCAAGAGCGCUUGAAACGCGUACGGAAGAGGUUGAGUUUGAUGAGGCUUGGAGGCCUACGGCGGCGGCUGGGAUACCAACGAUUAUCGAGAGGUUACGGAAAAGUCUAGGGCAAUUGAAUAUUGGGUAAAGUAACAGUAGACAUGGUGUUUCCAGCAAAAGUGAAGGCUUUACUCGGAAAGGUUGCAGACGUUUUCCCAAGUACCGGUGCGGACUCUGACACCAAUCCUUGACAACAAACCUGCUUUUUAAUAAUUUCUACUGUUUAACGCAAUGCAUGCUCUCUGUUUCGACUUUGCAAGAACCGGA